AGGGAGCGUGCAUUCCGGAGCAGGCUGCUCUGACUCCGACCACAGGCUGUUUUGUGCAGGCUGUCCCUCUCCUUCAAAACCCUGCAUCCCCUCCCCGAAGCAGCAGGCAGUGUGCCUUCAUUCAGCCACAUUUGGUAUGCAUGAGCACGGCUGCAGAGAGAGGGGAGGUGGCUUUCUUAAGAAGGUUCAGGGGCUCAGGCAACGCCACUUGACUAGUCUCCCAAGUUCCAGGAAGCCUCUGCCCUAAUGGAAUUUGCAGGUGUGGAGAAGACCAUGGGAUGCCAGGGCCGUGGGGGACCAUUUAUUUUCUAGGCGUUGCUCAGGCUUGCAGUUUCUUGUUUUCCCGGUGGAAUUUGGAAGGGGUCAUGAAUCAAACUGAUGCUUCUCGACCCCUAAACUGGACCAUCCGGAAGCUGUGCCACGCAGCCUUUCUCCCAUCUGUUAGACUUCUUAAGGCUCAGAAAUCCUGGAUAGAAAGAGCAUUUUAUAAAAGAGAAUGCGUUCACAUCAUACCCAGCACCAAAGACCCCCAUAGGUGUUGCUGUGGGCGUCUAAUAGGCCAGCAUGUCGGACUCACUCCCAGUAUCUCUGUGCUUCAGAAUGAGAAAAAUGAAAGUCGCCUCUCCCGAAAUGACAUCCAGUCUGAGAAGUGGUCCAUCAGCAAACAUACUCAGCUCAGCCCAACGGAUGCUUUUGGGACCAUUGAGUUCCAAGGAGGUGGCCAUUCCAACAAAGCCAUGUAUGUGCGAGUAUCCUUUGAUACGAAACCUGAUCUUCUCCUACACCUGAUGACCAAGGAAUGGCAACUGGAGCUUCCCAAGCUUCUCAUCUCUGUCCACGGGGGCCUGCAGAACUUUGAACUCCAGCCCAAACUCAAACAAGUCUUUGGGAAAGGUCUCAUCAAAGCAGCCAUGACAACUGGAGCGUGGAUCUUCACUGGAGGGGUUAACACAGGUGUCAUUCGGCACGUCGGAGAUGCCUUGAAGGACCAUGCAUCUAAAUCUCGAGGGAAAAUAUGUACCAUAGGUAUCGCCCCAUGGGGAAUUGUGGAAAACCAAGAGGACCUGAUUGGAAGAGAUGUAGUCCGGCCAUACCAAACCAUGUCCAAUCCCAUGAGCAAGCUCACUGUUCUCAACAGCAUGCAUUCCCAUUUCAUCUUGGCUGACAACGGAACUACUGGAAAAUACGGAGCAGAGGUGAAACUUCGGAGGCAACUGGAAAAGCAUAUUUCACUUCAGAAGAUAAACACAAGAUGCCUGCCGUUUUUCUCUCUUGAUUCCCGCUUGUUUUAUUCAUUUUGGGGUAGUUGCCAAUUAGACCCCAUUGGAAUCGGUCAAGGGGUUCCAGUGGUGGCACUCAUUGUGGAAGGAGGGCCCAAUGUGAUCUCCAUCGUGUUGGAGUACCUCCGAGACACGCCUCCUGUGCCCGUGGUGGUCUGUGAUGGCAGUGGACGGGCAUCCGACAUCCUGGCAUUUGGGCAUAAAUAUUCAGAAGAAGGCGGACUUAUAAAUGAAUCUUUGAGGGACCAGCUACUGGUGACUAUACAGAAGACCUUCACAUAUACCCGAACCCAAGCUCAGCAUCUGUUCAUCAUCCUCAUGGAGUGCAUGAAAAAGAAGGAAUUGAUUACAGUUUUUCGAAUGGGAUCAGAAGGACACCAGGACAUUGAUUUAGCUAUCCUGACAGCUUUACUCAAAGGAGCCAAUGCUUCGGCCCCAGACCAACUGAGCUUAGCUUUAGCCUGGAACAGAGUGGACAUCGCUCGAAGCCAGAUCUUUAUUUAUGGGCAACAGUGGCCGGUGGGGUCUCUGGAACAAGCCAUGUUGGAUGCCUUAGUUUUGGACAGAGUGGAUUUUGUGAAAUUACUCAUAGAGAAUGGAGUAAGCAUGCACCGUUUUCUCACCAUCUCCAGACUAGAGGAAUUGUACAAUACGAGACAUGGGCCCUCAAACACAUUGUACCACUUGGUCAGGGAUGUCAAAAAGCGAGAAUAUCCAGGUUUCGGUUGGAUCUAUUUUAAGGGGAACCUACCCCCAGACUACAGAAUCAGCCUGAUUGACAUCGGCCUGGUGAUCGAGUACCUGAUGGGCGGAGCUUACCGCUGCAACUACACGCGCAAGCGCUUCAGGACCCUCUACCACAACCUCUUCGGCCCCAAGAGGCCCAAAGCCCUGAAACUUCUGGGAAUGGAGGAUGAUAUUCCCCUGAGGCGAGGAAGAAAGACAACCAAAAAGCGUGAGGAGGAGGUGGACAUCGACUUGGAUGACCCUGAAAUCAACCACUUCCCUUUCCCUUUCCAUGAGCUGAUGGUGUGGGCCGUCCUCAUGAAGAGGCAGAAGAUGGCUCUGUUCUUCUGGCAGCAUGGAGAGGAGGCCAUGGCCAAGGCCCUGGUGGCCUGUAAGCUCUGCAAAGCCAUGGCUCAUGAGGCCUCUGAGAAUGACAUGGUUGACGACAUUUCCCAAGAGCUGAACCACAACUCCAGGGACUUUGGCCAGCUGGCUGUGGAGCUCUUGGACCAAUCCUACAAGCAGGAUGAGCAACUGGCCAUGAAACUCUUGACGUACGAACUGAAGAAUUGGAGCAAUGCCACAUGCCUGCAGCUGGCUGUGGCCGCCAAGCACCGCGACUUCAUUGCACACACGUGCAGCCAGAUGCUGCUCACUGACAUGUGGAUGGGUCGGCUCCGCAUGCGCAAGAACUCAGGCCUCAAGGUAAUUCUGGGAAUUCUACUUCCUCCUUCAAUUCUCAGCUUGGAGUUCAAGAACAAAGAUGACAUGCCCUAUAUGACUCAGGCCCAAGAAAUCCAUCUCCAAGAGAAGGAACCAGAAGAACCAGAGAAACCCACGAAGGAAAAAGAUGAAGAGGACAUGGAACUGACUGCAAUGUUGGGACGAAACAAUGGGGAGUCAUCCAGGAAGAAGGAUGAAGAGGAAGUUCAGAGCAGGCACCGGUUAAUCCCCCUGGGCAGAAAAAUCUAUGAAUUCUACAAUGCACCCAUUGUGAAGUUCUGGUUCUACACUCUGGCGUAUAUCGGAUACCUGAUGCUCUUCAACUAUAUCGUGUUAGUGAAGAUGGAGCGCUGGCCUUCAACCCAGGAAUGGAUUGUCAUUUCCUAUAUUUUCACCCUGGGAAUAGAAAAGAUGAGAGAGAUUCUGAUGUCAGAGCCAGGCAAGUUGCUGCAGAAAGUGAAGGUAUGGCUGCAGGAAUACUGGAAUGUCACGGACCUCAUAGCCAUCCUUCUGUUCUCUGUUGGAAUGAUCCUUCGUCUUCAAGACCAGCCCUUUAGGAGUGAUGGAAGAGUUAUCUAUUGUGUGAACAUCAUUUAUUGGUAUAUCCGAUUACUAGACAUCUUUGGAGUGAACAAGUACCUGGGCCCAUAUGUAAUGAUGAUUGGAAAAAUGAUGAUAGACAUGAUGUACUUUGUCAUCAUUAUGCUGGUGGUGCUGAUGAGCUUUGGGGUCGCCAGACAAGCCAUCCUCUUUCCCAAUGAGGAGCCAUCAUGGAAACUGGCCAAGAACAUCUUCUACAUGCCCUACUGGAUGAUUUAUGGGGAAGUGUUUGCAGACCAGAUAGACCGUAAGCAAGUUUAUGAUUCUCAUACACCAAAGUCAGCUCCCUGUGGACAGAAUGAGACCCGAGAGGAUGGCAAAAUAAUCCAGCUGCCUCCCUGCAAGACAGGAGCUUGGAUUGUGCCGGCCAUCAUGGCCUGCUACCUCUUAGUGGCAAACAUCCUGCUGGUCAACCUCCUCAUUGCUGUCUUCAACAAUACAUUUUUUGAGGUAAAGUCGAUAUCCAACCAAGUGUGGAAGUUUCAGAGGUAUCAGCUCAUCAUGACUUUCCAUGAAAGGCCAGUUCUACCCCCACCUUUGAUCAUCUUCAGUCACAUGACCAUGAUAUUCCAGCACCUGUGCUGUCGAUGGAGGAAGCACGAGAGCGACCCAGAUGAAAGGGACUAUGGCCUGAAACUCUUCAUAACUGAUGAUGAGCUCAAAAAAGUACACGAUUUUGAAGAGCAGUGCAUAGAGGAAUAUUUCAGAGAAAAGGAUGAUCGAUUCAACUCAUCCAAUGAUGAGAGGAUACGGGUGACUUCAGAAAGGGUAGAGAACAUGUCCAUGCGGCUGGAGGAAGUCAAUGAGAGAGAGCAUUCCAUGAAGGCUUCGCUCCAGACCGUGGACAUCCGACUGGCACAGCUUGAGGACCUCAUUGGGCGCAUGGCCACGGCUCUGGAGCGCCUGACAGGUCUGGAGCGAGCCGAGUCUAAUAAGAUCCGCUCCAGGACAUCCUCAGACUGCACAGACGCAGCCUACAUCGUCCGCCAGAGCAGCUUCAACAGCCAGGAGGGGAACACCUUUAAGCUCCAAGAGAGUAUAGACCCUGCAGGUGAGGAGACCAUGUCCCCAACCUCUCCAACCUUAAUGCCCCGUAUGCGAAGCCAUUCUUUCUAUUCAGUCAAUAUGAAAGACAAAGGUGGUAUAGAAAAGUUGGAAAGUAUUUUUAAAGAAAGGUCCCUGAGCCUACACCGAGCUACUAGUUCCCACUCAGUAGCAAAAGAAUCCAAAGCUCCUGCAGCCCCUGCAAACACCUUGGCCAUUGUUCCUGAUUCUAGAAGACCAUCAUCAUGCAUAGACAUCUAUGUUUCUGCCAUGGAUGAACUUCACUGUGACAUUGACCCUCUGGACAAUUCCAUGAACAUCCUUGGGUUGGGAGAGCCAAGUUUUUCGGCUCCAGCACCUUCCACAGCCCCUUCAAGCAGUGCCUAUGUAACCCUUGCACCCACAGACAGACCUCCAAGCCGGAGCAUCGACUUUGAAGACAUCACCUCCAUGGACACUAGGUCUUUUUCUUCAGACUAUACUCACAUUCCAGAAUGCCAAAACCCCUGGGACUCUGACCCUCCGAUGUAUCACACUAUUGAGCGUUCCAAGAGUAGCCGCUACCUAGCUGCCACACCCUUUCUUCUAGAAGAGGCCCCCAUAGUGAAAUCUCAUAGCUUUAUGUUUUCUCCUUCGAGGAGUUAUUAUGCCAACUUUGGGGUGCCUGUGAAAACAGCAGAAUAUACAAGUAUUACGGACUGCAUCGACACAAGAUGUGUCAAUGCCCCUCAAGCGAUUACUGACAGAGCCACCUUCCCUGGAGGUCUUGGAGAUAAAGUAGAGGACUUAUCUUGCUGUCAUCCUGAGCGAGAAGCAGAACUGAGCCACCCUAGCUCUGACAGUGAGGAGAAUGAGGCCAGAGGCCGGAGAGCAGCCAUCGCGAUGGCCUCCCAGGAGGGUGACAACUCAGACAGAAACCUGUCCAACAACAUCACGGUUCCCAAGAUAGAGCGUGCCAACAGCUACUCAGCAGAGGAGCCAAGCGCACCAUAUGCACACACCAGGAAGAGCUUCUCCAUCAGUGACAAGCUUGACAGGCAGCGGAACACAGCAAGCCUGCGAAAUCCCUUCCAGAGGAGUAAGUCUUCCAAGCCAGAAGGCCGAGGGGACAGCCUGUCCAUGAGGAGACUGUCCAGAACAUCAGCUUUCCAAAGCUUUGAAAGCAAGCACAACUAACUCUUCUUACUAUGUGUUGCAGGAGGCUCGAGAAUCCAGCCCUAAAUUCUUCCCAAACUCUACCUUUUCCCCCUUCCUUGAAUCACACCCGCUUUAUUCUUAGCUGAGCAAAACAAGCAAUGCGUUGGGAGAUGUUAACUCAAAGGUGACUUCUGGGUCACAGAUCAAGAAAGCAUUUGAUCUGACCCAGUGCCAAACACAGGGUAGUUGGGGCAUGUUCACACUUGUGGGUAGGGAGGGGAUGCGGGGAGAAGAAGGGUUAGAGAUGAAGGUGUAUCACCAGGCACUGCAGAAAGCUGUGAGCUCUGGGGAACCAAGGGGCUUCAAGCACUCUCCACACCAGGAGGCAUCUUGUGAUUUCUACCCAUUAUCAAGAGCUUUAGGAUGCAGGGCUAAAUUGCAAAAUAAAAUAAAAUAAUCACCAUACAAAAUGAGAUAUUCUAAACUUCAAUUCUGUUUUCUUUUCGCAUUGGCUCCAUCACUGGUGACUGAUGAAGAGCAUCCUUUUUAUUCAGUAUAAGCCGGCAGCAAGCAGUUCUACCUAACGUCCCACAUCCUUCUCAUGCCAACACCUCUGUAAUUGGUCAUUAUAAAGAAAAAACAAGGUAACAGUCAUAGUUCACCUGUCUCUUAUAUAUUCACUUCUGGUGCCACAACUGUUUUAUCUUUUUUGAAGAAAAUAAGGGAACAGAAAUGCCUUUUGGUCUUGCAAUCGAAAUGAUAGAAGAGCUGAUGUUAGAAGCAAAAGUCACGUGAUUUAUCAUAUAUGGUGGGCAUUCAAGUACAGUCGAGCAAGCUCAGGAUGAAUGUAAUUAAAUAACUUUAUAUUUCUUAAUUUAUUUUGUAUCUCUCCUGUCAUCAGUGAAUUCAUUCAUUGAAUAUGUAAUAUUGAACUUAAAAACAGUGGGCAGAACUAACCUAAAAUUGCCAUAUGGGAUAUUGUUAUAGUCUCUCCAUUCAUGUCCUGUGUAGUACCGCUGUGUGACCUCCAUCAUUUGCAUGACUCCACCCACUGCAUCCUCUGAACACCUCAAGGUGUUAACUGCCAAUUUUUCACACCCCUCAUCACAUGGCCAUUUUGUAUACAAAAACAUGGUUAUAUGUGGCUAUUUUCAUACCUAAAGUUUUGCCAUCUAAUCUGAGCUCAGCAUAAAUUUAAUUGGAAUUUUUCAAGGGCUGGUAUCUUUUUUAUGGAAAUGUUCCAAAGUACUUUUUAAGGAAGUUUCAAAACCAUAAAUAACUUUAGAAUUGACUAGGAGUUUGGUAUCAAUCCAAAGCCAUCAGUUGCAGGCAUGCCAUGAAUAUUUUUCUUAUAUACAGAGCUAUAAAAAAAGAUAUAGUAGGCCAAAAUAGAAAGCAAAUAAACCAUGUAGAGAGUUCUCUAGUAUAUGCUGCUUAUAUACAUAUAUAUGCAUUUACACAGCAACACAUCUUUAUAUAUAGUAUAUAAACAGACAUACAGAGCUUUCUUAAGAGGCUUGGACUUUUCUAUCUCCUGGAGGUAUAACCAAGAUUUUUUAAUAUUCAAGAUUUUCCAUUGAAAGAGUUCAUUCUACCAAAUGUUGAAACUAUGACUUUUUAAAUCUCUUAUCAUCUUAACUUUUCCAUGUACCAAACAACAGUUGUCAAAAUGACUCACCCUGCCUUCUGCCCCUUUUUGUCCAAAAGCACUCACUCUCAUGACAUUGCCUUUAUUCUGGUUUCUCCCACACGGAGCUAUUACACCAAGUACAAUGUGAAUAGAUGUACAAUUCUAAACCAACUAGAGAGAUGCACUCUAGAAUAGAAGCAUAAGCAUAACCUUCUAUUCUAAAGUCACAAUCUGGAUUUGAAGUGACAUAAAGAAAUCUUGACCCCCACAUCUUCAGAUUCCUAUUUGGAUCCCUGAAAUUUUAAAGAGAAUAAAAUCUUUUUUUUUUUUUUUUUGCGGUGCUGGGGAUUGGAACCCAGGGCCUUGUGCUUGCAAGGCAAGCACUCUACCAACUGAGCCAUAUCCCCAGCCCAAGAAUAAAAUCUUUAAGAAAAAUGACUUCAUGUCCCUGGCCCAAGAUCCUACCUGGAUACUUUGUUUAAUUAUAAUUGUAAACACUAAGAUACCAUUUCAUGAAAUCAAGUAAAUUCAUUGACAAAACCUCUAGCCUUUAAAUAUUUUUUUAAAAAACUGAACAAGUUUUUCGGUAUAGAGUGACAAGGUCACACAUGUAAAGAAUGCCUUCUGCAUUCCUUGUACUCCUUGGUAGGGGAAUCAGUAACAAACACCCAAGCCCUUCAUUUAUAAUUGCUCCGGAGACACUAUCCCUUUACUGGGCCCCACAUUGGUGUUUUCCCUCUCAGUAGACCUGCUUUCAGUCUGAGAAUAAAUCGGUUGUCUCUCAACUUCCUUGAGUCAUGAGUCCCUAUGAGGAUCUGAUGAACACGCUGAGUCUUCUCCCCACCCCCUAAAAAUGUACAUACAUGUGAAGCUGCAAUAUAACUUUCAAGAAUCCAUAACCUCCUGGUCCUAUACUGGUUGAUAACGAGGAAAAGGAAUGACAUUUGCUCAUAAUCAGUAUAGUUGCAAUAGGCACUUUACAUCUUAAGACCAUUUCCCUGUGAUUCUCAGGAAGGCCGAGUCUCAGCACCAGAUUUGAACCACCGUUUCAUUAUUUCCAUUGCUGAGAUUAGAUGUGGCUAGUUCAAUACCCUUACAUCCUAAUGUUUUGAUGGUUUUAAGUGGUGAGCACACUCACAAAGUCGAAGGCUGUCUGUGGGAGUCUGUGGAGGAAUCCAAGGAGGUGAAGCCAUUAUUCUUUGACCAUAGAGCAGGACAUCAAUCUCCUCCAGGACCUCCUUCUGGACCAGAUUGGAAGUAAGGGAAAGAAAUGAUGAGCGCAUGUGUUUCCAUUCAUCAUGAUUUCCAGAAAGAAAAGGAACAGGACCUGGGAAACUAAAUACUUAACAGUCCUGAUCUUGUAAACACCUGGUUCUUUUGUUGUGCAUGAAAAUUAAAAGUUAACAUCUUUGGUGAAGUGUGUGAGAUGUAUAAGCCAAAUUCAAGGACUUUAGACACAAACCGUGUAAUCCUCACAAGCCAUCUCUUUCCUGUGCACGUGCGUGUGUGUGAUUUUUUGAUCUCCAUCUCUUUCCAUUCCCGGGUUCUCUGUGCACCAGCAUGGCAUCGAUUCUGUGGCCUUGUACCGUCAGGUUGUGCUCAGCUCAUUUAUUCCACCAUGUCCCUGAUCGAGGGAGCAUUAAUUACCUGUCUAUGUGAAUUAAGCAACUCAUGAGCAGCAAGUUAUUGAGGACCGUAAAUAAAGUCAUAGAGAGCUCCAGGAAGUAAUAGCUUCUGUUUAAUCAUCUGCUUCAGAGGUGCCAAUUUUUAUAUACUACUAUAUGUAAUGAUUUGUUCUAAAUUGCUUGUUCCUUUUGGGAAAAAAUUAAGGAUGUUUUAUGAAAAUGACGGUGGAGGUUUCUUGAUUAACCAACAUACUUUACAUUUAUCAUUAGAAACCCCUCCUUGAGGGCUUUGAACAAGGAGCUGGAAAGCUGAGCGCAGUUGGCAUGGCUAGUUUGUGUAGUUCUGCAAGCCAAAAGGUGUAUUAGCAGUCAGAACACAGCACUUUACAGAACUGGAUUUUUUUAAGUCUAAGCUUAUGGGGCCAGGACAAUAUUUAGCACUUUGAAAGUUCCCUUUUUAAAAUAUAUAUGUAAGAAUAAUUAAAUGGGAAAAAUGUAAAAACACAAAAUGUGUUUCUUCUGAAUGUUGCAAAUGUAUUCUAAAAUAUGGUUUCUAUAGAUAAUAUGGUAGAUAACUGGAUAGUACUUUUUUUCUUUUUUGGAGGCUUUACAGUCUAAUCUUCCUAACUGUUUGGGCUGUUUAAUUUCUUUAAUAAAUAUUAUCCAGUCGUCCAUCAUGCUAUAUCUAUGGCUAUACCAUAUGAUAUGUUGGGUAAUGCUGUAUUAUAAAACAUAUGUAAACAUAUAUGUAACCCGUGUUUAACCCAGCAUAGUUGUAGCAUGUGGUUGUAUUAAUGAACGUUACAGGACAGCUUUAUAAUCAUUUAUAAAUCUGUAACAUUCAAUAAAGAAGCACAUGUUGCAAGGAUUAAUUAUGUUCCCUAUUCCAUGUUAUUUAGCUUUCUCAUGAAAUGGGCAUUUUUGUUCCUAGUCCACUUUGGUUUUCAUUAUUCCUUCAGACCACAGUAAAAUAUUUGUAUAAGCUGAUGUACUUCCUCUACCAAGUCCUGCAAGGUGUGGUAGGCAAGUUGUGAUUUUGUGAAAGAUGAACUGGCAUGUUAUGCAAAAGAGUAUAUGACAAAUGAACUUAAAAUAAUAUUUUAAACUCCAGUUGAAUUAGCUGUUUGUUUACAUCUGCUGACCCAAUGCAGAAGCAGUGUACAGUAUUUUAUAAAUAUGUUCAUUUAGUGACAUUAUGUCAUUUCUAGAUAAAGUGAUGCUAGUGUGUAGGUGGUUUAUAUACUUGGUCUAGAUAUUGCAUUUAUAACUCACUGUCCUUUAACAGUAACAAUGUGACUUAAAUGAAGUACUUGCUCUCCAAACCCAGUCUUAAUUUUAUGUCAACAAAAUGCAUGCACUGCUUUAUGCAUUUCUUUUGACUUUUCUAAGGCACUUAACAGUUUACUAUUGCCUGCUGCAAUGCUUAAACCAGUUAGGAACUCACUCAAAUUGUCAGGCUUCUUACACUAGGGAUUAUGUUUAAUUUUUUAAAUUAAAAACAAGGAAUCGAGGGGUUUUUUCAAUCUUUUUUUUUUUUUGUAAAGUUCUGAACAAAUAAUAUGAGAUAAAGUAUUAACCACAGGUUGCAUGAUAGGGGACCCAGAGAUGGUAAACCAGCACCUCUUGGAUUUACCAAGGUGUUGGUCAGCCAUGGUAUGAGAGGCAUGCUUCAGACUCUUUAGGGCUGCAAAUUGCUUCACCAGAGAUGAACAUGAAAGGUCCAUUCGUGACAGGGCAGAAGGUCACAGGUCACGUGAAUGAGUGGUCCUGCACUGCAGUAUGUGACUCCCUCCUUAUCUUGUGGCUUUCUGCUUUCUUCCCUCUGUGGGUGAGCCUGGUCUCUGGGUGGGAGGCAGGAGACAGAGCACUGGAUGACUCUGAAGAGUUUACUUUCUUAAAGAAAUUGCCAUUUCAUUAGGAGAAGCUCUUUAACACACCUGGAAAAGAGAAGAGCCCGUGUGCACAGCCCUGUAAGCAACUGCUCCUAAAAUGAGCGGAGAGAACUUCUCUCUGAGCCUUCUUUGACCUAAGCUUUCUCUUCUUUUGGCAAGUCAAAUAUUUGGCUGACUCUCUGAUUGGAGUCAACCAGAAAAGGAGUUGAUUCCGAUUGAAGAAAAAGAAGAUUAUUUUUUUUCUUUGUCUUUUCUGGUUUUUAAUUCAUUUCAGAGGGGUUUUGUGUUACCUUUUCUCUGAUGAUUUCCUUGCUCCUAUCACUGCAAAUAAAAUGAAGGUGUAACAAGUUCUGUGUGUCGUCUAAGAGAGGAUUUAGGUGACCAGGUUAUCAAGAUGCAAUAAAAGUGAGGUGAAUGUGCCUUUUCCUAACCUACCCCAUCUAACCAGCCACCUUAGGACUGCACAUUUGCCCAUUUGCACAGUGUGUGCUGGAAAGUGAACAAGAUAGGAUAUCUAGAAGUUUCUUUCUGAAGAGCAUCAGUGCCAGUCAUGACCCCAGCCUUCCUCAGAGAAAGGCAGGCUACUAAGAACUGUGGGACACACGGGACUUUCAGCCUCGGGCCUGGGGGUGCAAUGCUCUUCAUCCCCUUUACUUCCUCCUUUCUUCUGAGUCCAACUUUAGCUCCUUUUUUGUGAGGCCAACAGACCAUUGCUUCUAUCACCUCAGUACCCUGUGGAUCCCAACAGAGUAAGCCAAAAGAGCAACUACUUGGAAAAAGCCAAACAUUCAGACUUCAACCCAGGCCUCAACUUCCCACUAAUGCAGCCUCUCCUAACUGGCUGGCACUUGCAUCUGCCUCAUCCAGUUCUUUGCCUCCCUUACAUCGUCACCAGCUUCUGACACAUCAUCAGGACCUGCCAUCUGCAUCUAGACUGAGGGUCUGAGAACUCAAUCUGGGGGUCAGAUUCAAUAUGCAAAGGUGGGGAUAGGCCUGGUGAAAGACAGCAGAGAGACCAGACACCUGUGGUCCUAGUUACUGGGGAGGCUGAGGCAGGAGGAUCACUUGAGCCCAUGAGUUGGAGACCAGCCUGGGCAAUAUCGUGAGACCCAUCUUGAGGAAAAAUAGAAGAGAGAGAGGGAGGGGGGAGAGAGAAAAAGAGAGAGAGAGAGAGAGAAGAAGGGGGGGGAGAGAGAGAGAGAGAGAGAGAGAGAGAGAGAGAGAGAGAGAGAGAAUAUGAAUGACAACAGAAGUAGCAUUCAUAAGGCAUGAGAAAAUACAUAUGACUCCACAAAGAUAUUUAAAGUCAGGUUUCCUUUCUUCUUUCUUUUUUUCUUUUUUUUUUUCUUUCCCUUCUUUGAGACAGGGUCUCCCUAUGUUGCCCAGUCUGAUUUCUAGCUCCUAGGCUCAAGAAAUCCUCUUCCCUCAGCUUCUCUAGCAACUGGGAUUACAGGCAUGUGCCACUGUACUCCGCUCAAAUUCAGGUUUUCGAUCUCUGUGCUAGCCACCCAAAUAUGUCGCCAGCAGUGUUCCCAAAGGCUUGAGACUUCUGAUUUAGAGCCAAUCAGAAUCAGUUUCUUGAUUCCAAUUUAGAAAGCUACAAAUGGAAUACACUGAAAACUAAAUACACAGGGAAAAGGAACUCUCUCUCUUCGGAGUUAUUCUGGUUCCCCUGGAAGAUAUAUGCAUGUGUACUUGUUAGCCACAUCAUUCUGGACCCAAACACAGGAUCGUUGUGAGGGAGAUUCAGAAGAGGGUACCGUAACAUUGUAUGAAGACUUAUCUGCUUCCUGUCAGUACAGGAUCUGACCUGAGUUUAUAUUGCUGCUACUGCUGUGUAUAACAGUCCGUGCAGUACACUGUACUCAUAGCCAUUUCAUAAUAUAGCACUUAGACUCUCUCAUUUGUAUAUGUUCUAACCAUAGUUUAUAAUGGGGGAAAUUAUUCAGAAAUCAUUUUUAAAUGAAUUCCUAUAAAUAAAAUGAUUUUGAAAUUGGGUUUACUAAAUAUAUAUAUAUACAUAUAUAUAUAUAUAUAUAUAUAUACAUCCUUCUUUGCAUAUGGAUAGAAAGAGGUUUGCAUAUCUAUUGACACUAUGAAUAUAUAUAAAUCCUUAGAGGAAUUGUUCUUUUUUAAAGGUCUAUUAUUGGAUUCACAUUGCACUUUGAGCUUGUUUGUGUAGAUAUAUAAUUCAAAGCAGAAGUUGGCAGAUACCACAGGAAAAACUUUCUGAAAUUUCUGUAACAAAUGUUUUGCAAUAAAAAAAAAAAACUCAG